GUCUCUGGUUAAUGUUUGUCAAAUUACCGUAAUCAGAGCAGGUCGGAGUUCGGGAACGAUAGCCAGGAUCACAAGGUGGUAGCGCAGAGUAUAUUUGGGUUUUUACUCGGCUGAAGACCAGCAUUUACUACUCGCGUAGUUUGGCGGCUCGUCGAAGGCCUUUUCUGUUUUCUCAGUCAGUGCAAUUUAUACCCUAUUCUGAUUUGAAUUUUUUCAAUCCGGAAUAGCUGCAAAAUGGACGCCAAGUUUCAAAUAUCAAGCACAGCCAUCAGGGAACUUACUCCAGAAGAGACAGAAAAGCUGAAGUUACAGGAUAAAAAGCUGGUGUCAGAAUUUCGUCAAAAUGAACUGGAAAAACACGCGCAAAAAAUGUGGGAUUUAUUUUACAAAAGGAAUAGAACAAAUUUUUUCAAAGAUCGACAUUGGACUUCAAGGGAAUUUGAACAGUUGAGAGCUAUUUCAUCACCAGAGAAAAAAAUUAAGAUUUUAGAAGCUGGUUGUGGUGUUGGCAAUUUUAUUUUUCCGCUUCUAGAAGAAAAUUCAAAUUUGUUCAUCCAUGCAUGCGAUUUUUCUCCUAGGGCUGUUGAUUUUGUGAAAUCCAACCCCCAGUAUGAUACUGAAAACUGUAACGCUUUUCACUGUGAUGUAACAGUUGAAAAUUGCUUUGCUGAACACAUUGAAGAAAAUUCUGUUGACAUGGUGUCGUUAAUUUUUGUUUUAUCCGCAAUUCACCCAAAAAAAUUUUUGCAAGUUUUUAACAAUUUGUACAAAAUACUAAAAGCAAAUGGAUGCAUAAUUUUUCGUGACUAUGCUGUUAACGACUAUGCAAUGCUUCGGUUUGGCUCAGGGAAUAAAAUCUCAGAAAACUUUUAUGUCCGUCAGGAUGGUACGAGAGCGUAUUAUUUUACAAUCGAAUUAAUCUCCAAAUUGGCUGCAGAUUCUGGUUUUGAAGUUGAAACGAAUGAAUACGUUUUACGGGAAACUGUGAAUAAAAAGGAAGGACUUUGUGUGCCUCGUGUAUUCCUGCAAGGAAAAUUUGUAAAAAAAGAUUUGUUCUAAUCCUGCUAAAUUAUAUUUUCAUCUAUGCCUCAAUGAUUUCAACUAUUAGCAGGAGUUGAAAUUGACUGGAAAUUAGAAAUACCAGAAAUUUUUGAAGACUGAAUGAAUAUCGCUGAAUAAGUCUUGCGCCUGUAAAUAUAGAAAAAAUAACGGGAUAUUCGCUAACCGAGUUUCACAUUGUGAUAAAUAUACCCUGGGUCUGUGUGAAAAAAAAAACUGGAGAACUGGAGAUAUCUUUUAAUUGGGUUUCACAUCUAUGUGCUCUGGGGUAAUACAGACGUAAAUCAUCCUGUUCCUUUCAUAAAAUCUAUCCUGGUCAAUUUUUGUAUGAAUCUAGAUUUUAAAUUAUGCCACUAGUACGAAUCAUUCAAACUGAGGAAUAUUGUCAGACCAAUCUUGACCUAACAUAAACUUCCAGCGAAGUAAAUCCUGUAACUGCUCAAACGAGAAUAUCGGUCAGAGACCGAAGACUUAUCGAUCGAAAGUUGGGGGAUGCCCCAAAACAGCGCUCUUACUCCAUAAUAACACCUUGUGUCCCAUCACUAAUUGUUUAAUAACUCGCUUAUUAUACGACAUGAUUCGCCCAAAAAUUAAUAUGCUUUUGGUCCGAGAUAUGAUGAAUGCACAUGCAAAAUCUGGAGCAGAUUCAAUCUCGCUUUCGUAAGAUAUCGCGUGCAUCUAACAGACAUACACGCAGACAAAUACCAAUCAACAUACUUACCGAUCUAAGGAUCGAUAAGUAAUAAUGCCAAACAAAUAAGUUGUUUUUGCGUUUUUAAAAAUAAAUUCUAUCAGGCACUGAAUGAGAUUUAUUGAGAGAUGCCUUUAGUUAACCAAACCUACUUAAUUUGCAACUAAGCAGGUAUGGCCCAUGUCAAAUAGGGUAUAGUGUUCCACAAGAUACAGACUUAUAUUUUGAAAAAAAUGGAAAUUAGCUGUAUUUCACAUCACAUUUUCGUUUGGCGUUAUUCAAGCAGUUAUGGCGUUCACUUCGCUAGACCCCGUUGUUAUCAUUAAAUUUCCAAAGAAAGAAAAAUAAAGUUUCUAACUACUGUAGAUUUGAAUGUUCUUACCCUGCUCUAUUCUAUAGUUUAUAUUCAAAAAUAUCAUUUCAAAAUGUAUUUGCAAUCGUAGAUUAUUUGAAAUCAAUGUCAUGCGUCUGCUUUGGCACUUUUGUGCAAUUUUCUAUAAUAUAUACUUUUAUGCUAAAAAGUGUGAUAUUGCUUUCAUUUUUUGCUAUAGUCUGUUGUGAUGAUAAAUAGUAUAGAAUUUUGACUUUUUUUUGUGCUAUACUAUACACUACAAGUCUACAACACCUACAACUGCUGUUUAAUGCUUUUAAAAAUUAAAUUAUUACGGUAACAUUUUCAAUGGGCGGUUGCCCUCCCUGCUUUUUAUUUUACCCUAAUACCCUCCUUUUAUCAAAAUUGCUCAGUCGAAUCCUCCAUCACUUAAAAACGUUUUCAUUUUUUA